UAAAAGGCAGUGAAACCUUUCCCUCAAACCUCACACACAUACACCUGACACGUGCAAUCAAACACAGUACUCUGUCUUCAACAUAUUCUGUUUUACUAUAAGAAAACACUUUCUCUUAACAUUCAAAUCAUAACAAAACAAUGGUUUUCAAUUCAAAGAAGAAAACCAAACUCAGAAAGAGUUGGGAUCCUGAAGAUGACUUAUAUGAUUACCUCAAAUACAAGAACUCGCAAAACAAAAAUCAAAACAAGUUCAACUACUUCAACAACCUUCUUCACAAAUUUGUUAUCAAACAUCCAAAACCCGACCCAGAACUUGUUCAGUUCACACAGGGCUCAACCAGCAUUCUACAAUCUCAUAUCCUUCGUCUUCAAGACCAAAAUAGAGACAACAAUGUUGAAGAAAUUCUCACAGAAGAUGAGGAGGAACAAAAUGGGUUUUUAUUGGAUUAUUUCAAGCCUCAUGCAAAAUCUUAUGUACUAGACAUCGUUGAGGAUGGUGUUUUUGUGAAAUACGAGGACGAGGUUAGCGUUAGGAAACGGAAAGUUGCAGUAAAACUCCCUGCUGCUAAAAAUGGUGGUAAAUCUAAAAGAGGACGCAAAAGAAAGAAUGGGGUGGGUGGUUCAGCUGUGAAAGGUGCAUGCACUGAAAAAAUCGGUGAUGGAGAAAAGGGUGAGCAAGAUGAUACUCCAUCUUGCAUGGAAGUAACCGUGAAAAAGGAGAUUCUAGAUUAUGAUGAUGAUGAUGAAGAAAUUGAGAUGAUGCAUGUGGAUCAUGAUCAGACGGAUAACGAAGUUAGUGCGAGGAAAGUUGCAGGGUUUAGAGAAAGACUAAUGAAUGAACUUGAUAGGCCUUACUGUGAGGAAGAGUGCAAGAGACUAUUGCAAGACUUUAAUCUUCGAAAGCCGGUCCAAAACCUCAAAAUUCUGCGUGGGAUUGUAAAAAUCUAUGAGGGAGAUCAUGAUGGGAAGUCUUAUCAUGAUCAUAAUCUUGAUCUCGCAAAGCAAAUAGAUGCAGCUGGUGACGAUCUUCCCAAAGUUCUGCGUCUCCUGCGUGGAUUUUUCUUUUGGUUGACAAAUUUAACAGAUGAAGGGGCGUUCUUGCCAUGGAGAGUUCCAUUGGAUUUGGAUUUGGAUUUGGAUGUACUAUGACAACAUUAGGAAAGGAAAGGAUGAUAAUUUACCGUGUUUGGUUUUUUAUGGUGAUUAGGCUAGAUAGAAAUGGGUGUAUUAUAUCUGUUUGCAGUGUAAUUAGUUUUAACCUUUAUCGGUUUAACUUCUUGUGAAGCUUGGUUUCAUAGUUUGAUGUGGUUUUUAGGAUGAUUAUUGGUAA